UACUGAGGAUCGGCGAUGUUGACUGUAUAUUGAAAUAUGCAGACACUGAGGCCAAGAAAUUACUUGUCAGCAGCGAAUCAGGCUUUAAGCAAAAUUGAUAUCACAGGAGAUGUUUACGAAAGCAUUCGUUCAAAUGUAGGUAUGACACAUUCAAUUUGACUCGAACCUGGAUCCGUUUUCGUUCGUUUAUUGCGAGUCGGGUCAGCUCUGACCCCAGGUUUAAAACCGAAAUCGCCAUUAGUUCCCGGAAAACAAGUUGCGUCUUUUUGAUGUGAUUCCAAACGAACGAGUAAAUAGUGGAAAAACGAUUACCAAACGUUGCCCCAGAAUGUCCGACGCCGAAAUGAAAGCGAUGGAGGAUUCGAAUGACGACUCCAUGGACGCCGGGGAAGAUACCGAAACUCGUCAGAAGAAAGAUGCCGGAUCGGGAGAGGGCAGUUCUUCCGACAGUGAAAUGGAUGAUGAUGACGACGAUGCAGCGGAGGAAACCCGUCAGAUAAAACAGUAUCUGGAGCUGCUAGGAAAGAUUCAGGAGGAAAAGUACAAUUAUGACUCAUAUGUGCAGCUGCUGGAAGUUGCUCAUCAAAUGACCGAUCUGGACAAGAUCCGCCAGAGUGCGGAGAUAUUCGCCGAGGUGUAUCCACUUUCCCCGGACAUCUGGUUGCGCUGGCUGAAAAUUGAGGUGGCGAUGGCAUCCUCACCAGAGCAGAUCAAGGAGGUAGAUGCGCUGUUUCGCCGAGCAUUGAGGGAUUACUUCUCGGUGGAGGUUGCCGCGGAAUAUGCCAACCUGGCGGCCAAAGCAGACAAAGAGCUGUCGGAAGCGAUUUGGGAUGUGCUGAUUCCGACCUAUGGGCUGCACGUGACCAAGGGGAGAACCAUCUUCGAAGCCUACCGUGAGGACUUCUUGGAGAAAAAUAAGGACUCGCCGGAACGGUUGAAUCGAUUGGCUCGAAUCUACGAACAGGAGCUGAAGAUUCCGCUCAAAAACAUUGAAGAUUCUUACAUCGAGUACAAGCUCCUUUGCGAGAAGUACAAGGACAUCCUGAAGGAUCUGAAUCCGGAAAAGUUCGAGCGGCGAUACCGGCAGGCGAAGGAUCUGCUGCAGAAAAUGCUUCCGUUUGAAGACAUGUUGGCUAAGCUGGAGCCGCACUGUCACCAGGAGCGAGCGGAACUGUAUCGGGAAUACAUCCGGGAGUGUCGAUCCCAGCUGGGUGACGACGAGACGCAGGUUCUGUAUGAACGAUCCGUCACGGAUUGCUGUCUGGAUCCGACCGUUUGGUGUGACUAUCUGAAAUAUUUGGAUAAAUAUCCUCCUGAUGAGGAUGAGGAUUCGGCUUCACCGGAAACGUUGGUCAACAGGGCAUUGAGGAACUGUCCCUGGAGUGCUGAGCUGUACGUGGAGAAGAUGAGAAUAUUUGAGCGGGAAAGGCGUGACAAGGCGGACGUGCUUAAGAUUAUGGAGGAAGUGGCCACGGUGGAGUUUAAAGCUCCAGAACCGGCUGUGAAGGUGUGGCUGGAAUACUUGACCUAUUUGAGAAGGCAUUGCCACCUUGAAGACGAGAAAGAGCGCGACAUAUUGAGGUCAAAUUUCGAGUUGGCGUGGAAUCAGUUGGGAAGGACUUGGGGCGAGAUGGCUGACCCGGAGUGCAAGAUUCUGCAAUUCUGGGGAAGACUGGAAUAUGGUUCGCUGGGCGAUCCGUUGAAGGGACGAGAGUUGUGGCAGAAUGUGAUGGACAGUUCGGACAACUGCACUCGAGUAGGACUGUGGAUCGAAUAUGCUGAAUUGGAAUCCAAACGAGGAACAGAUCCCGUGCGAAAAGUUUACCGGAAGGCUAUUGGAGCUGUUGGGCUGAACGAUCCGGAGACGCUGGCCGCAGCUUGGAUGAGAUUCGAAAGGUGUAAUGGUUCUCUCGAACAAUUGGCCAGCUGCCAGGAGCUCUGCAUGGCCACAAUCGAAGCUUACUACAAGACGCUCAGUCAGCAACGAUACGCCAAAGGGCGUCGAUCCGAUCCGGCAAAAGGAUCCCACGUUAACGAUUCGCCGAAAAAGAAACCCCUCAAAAGAGCUAACGAUGAACAUCCACGUUCAGACGAUACGGCAUUUAAGGAACCAAGCAUUUCAGUAGGACCAUCAGUCCCGAAAAAGCCAGAACCGAGCCUGGAAGACACCACCAAACGCAUCCGAUUGGACGAACCCAAACCAGUGGACACAUCCAACGACAGCAAACGACUCAUCUUCAGCAAUCUGAGCUUCGAAAUCACCGAGGACCAGAUCCGAGCCACCUUCCCGGAGCUCAAGUUCAAAUCCAUCGAAUUAGUGCACGGUUCCAGUGGCAAAAGCCGAGGCUUCGGCUACGUGGAAUUCGAAAACGAACAGGACGUCCAAAAGGCCUUAAGCUUCGAUCGGAGACCCCUGGAUGGCCGUCCCGUGUUCAUCUCUUCCCUUGCCCGGGACAAAUCCAACCGGCAGAACGAGUUCAAGCAUUCGGAAAAGUUCGAACUGAACAAACUCUUCGUCAAAGGAUUACCCUUCGAGGCGACCAACGACGACGUCCGAAAGCUGUUCGAGCCCUACGGUAAGCUGAAGGAUGUCCGGGUGGUUUACUACUGCAGCAGCAAGGGAUUGGCCUACGUGGAGUACGAAUCGGAAGUGGCCGCCAAGAACGCCGUGCUUCACUUGGAUCAACACAACAUGAACGGAUCCACCAUAACGGUAGCCAUUUCUGCUCCUCCUCCGAGAGGGAAUCCCACGGCUACGACGACGGUAAAGGAAGUGGAGCAACCUGGAAGUUUGGGCGCUGAAAAACGACAUCUCGUAAAAGGUGACGCCAAGAUGAAACUAUCGUCGAUGAUUCCGACAGCUUUGCUCUGGAAAUUUGCCGCCGCUGGACCAUCCGGAAGCAGUGCUGCUCGAAUUGCCUCCGCAGACAUACACAAAUCCAACGAAGACUUCCGGAAAUUAAUGCUAAAGAAGUUAUCCCAACAAUAGUUGUUAAUUGUUCCUAUUUUCGUGUUUGUGUGUUUGUUCCCUCACAAAUGUAUGUUUCUUUUCCGCUCUACCGGAAGCAUUACCUCCUGGUUACAAUCCUUACACAACUGUUACCAACAUAAAAGUGUAUAUUUUUGUGACACUGUUCUAAUCCUAACAAUAAAGAGCCCAUAACUAUGCUUA